GAGGAUCUAUCUGCAUUCUUUAAUCAUGAGUUUCGCAGCAAAUAUGAGCUCCGAGGCCCUUCUUCACAUAGCCAUGUACCCAUGGUUUGCCAUAGGCCACCUAAACUCGUUCAUGGACACCGCCAAUAAACUUGCAGAAAGAGGCGACAUAAUCUCUUUCUUCUUGCCAGCCAAAACUCAAACUAAGCUGGAGCCUCUUAAUCUGUACAAAGACCUCAUUACUUUCAUCCCAAUUACUGUUCCACAGGUAGAUGGCCUCCCUUCUGGUACUGAAAUAACUGCGGAUAUUCCUCGCUCAUUGUUACCCCUCCUCACCACUGCCUUUGACCUCACUGAACCCACAAUUGAAUCCUCUCUUCGUGACAUCAAGCCCCAUUUCGUAUUCUACGAUUUCGCCCACUGGUUACCUUCCUUGGCUCGCCGCCUAUGCAUCAAGGCUAUAUGUCUUUCAGUUGUCGGCCCUCCAGCCGUGGGAUAUUUGAUUAGCCCAGAAAGGAAACUCAUUGAGAAACCCAUAACAGAGGUCGAUCUUAGAGCACCUCCGCAGAGUUUCCCACCUUCUUCGAUUAAGCUAUCUGCCCAUGAAUCCCGAGAAGCACUAACCCUUGUAACGGUGAAGAAAGAUGGCCAAGGCGGCAUAUCAUUCGUGGAACGCCUAAUGAUCUCUUACAUAGAUUGCGAUGCCCUUGUUUUCAAAGCCUGCAGGGAGAUGGAAGGGAUUUACUGUGACUAUCUGGAAGCACAAUUUAGAAACCCUGUGAUUCUUUCAGGCCCAAUGGUGCCCAGGCCACCAACUUCAGCAUUAGAAAAGAAAUGGGCAACGUGGAUGGAUGGCUUCGAGGCCAAAACUGUGAUAUUCUGUGCAUUGGGAAGCGAAUGUAUUUUAAAGAAGGAUCAGUUUCAAGAACUAAUUUUGGGUCUAGAGCUAUCGGGUUUACCAUUUUUCGCUGCGCUAAAACCACCAAUGGGGGUUGAAACAAUUGAGUCUGCAUUGCCAGAAGGGUUUGAGGAGAGGGUAAUGGGAAGAGGGCUUGUUCAUGGGGAGUGGGUUCAGCAGCAGUUGAUUUUGCAGCACCCUUCUGUGGGCUGCUUUGUGACGCAUUGCGGGUCAAACUCUUCAGCUGAAGGCCUUGUGAGUGAGUGCCAAUUAGUGCUUCUGCCACACGCUGUGGAACAACAUAUCAUUGCCAGGGAGAUGGCCGGAGAUCUAAAAUUAGGAGUUGAGGUUGAAAAAGGAGAAGAAGACGGGCUAUUUACUAGGGAGGGAGUGUGCAGGGCUGUGAGGGCAGUGAUGGAUGACGAUAGCAAGGUUGGGCAGGAGGUGAGAGCCAACCAUACUAAAUGGCGAGAGUUACUGCUGAGCCCAGGGCUUGAGAAUUCCUACCUCGACAGCUUUGUUCAAAGGCUGUAUUCUCUGCUGCAAUGAUUGUAUAGUCGCAAUAAAAAAUAAUAAUUUUAUUUAUAUUUUCAUAAGAAAAACUCUUCUCAUCAGUUACUAUUCACCACCUCAGAUAUGAAAAUGCUAUAGGUGUGGGGGUAAUAGUAAAUAGUGGCUGAUGCAUAGCAUUUCUCUUUCCAUAGUAUGUUGUUGGCUGCUGCAAGUUUCUGCCUCCGCCUUCCAGAUAUGAGUGUUGUUGCUAAGUGCAAUUCUAGUUUAUGUCAAUUAUGCUAUUUACAA